UGCCUCUGAAGGUCUCGCCAUUGAUGGUUCAAGUGCUGGGUUGCCGCUGCCAACGUCAGAACUAGUUGGAGAGGAAGCUGUUAGAAAUGAGAUUUGGGCAUGUUUGAUGCAGGAGGAGGUGAGCAAGAUUGGGGUUUGAGGGAUGGGCGGUGUGGGUAAAACCACUAUCUUGAAGCACAUCCACAAUGAUCUUUUAAAGCAACAAAGAUUCGAAAGGGUAAUCUGGGUUACCAUAUCAAAGGAGUUCAAUGUAAUGAAGGUACAAGAUGAUAUUGCAGGUGCUUUGAAGUUGAAGGAAGAUUGGCCCAGAGAAGGAGACAAGCUCAGACGAGCAGCAAUCUUGUCAGAAAUGCUGAAGAACGCAGGAAAGCAUGUUCUAAUCCUAGAUAAUGUGUGGGAUAAAGUCUCUCUAGAGGAAGUUGGGAUCCCCGAGCCGAGUGGCAGCAAUGGCUGCAAGAUGGUGUUGACAACCCGUUCAGAGCAUGUCUGUAAGUAUAUGGGUUGUAAGGUGAAGCCCCUUUCAGAAGAAGAGGCAUUGAUACUAUUCUUGAAUAAAGUUGGACCUAACAUAGUUCAAAGUCCAACUAUAAUGCCUACUUUGAAGCUUGUUGUCAGGGAAUGUGCGGGUUUACCUCUUACAAUUGUCGUGGUAGCUGGUACCAUGAAAGGAGAAGAUAACCCUCAUAUUUGGAAAAAUGCACUCGGGGAAUUGAAAGAGAGAAUAGGGAAAGUGGAAGGAGUGGAAGCUGAGGUAAUCGAGCGCUUGAAAUUUAGCUUCGAUCACUUAAAGGACAAGCAAGCAAAACAUUGUUUUUUGUAUUGUACAGUGUAUCCCGAAGAUUUUGAAAUUGAAAUGGAUGAACUAAUUGAGUGCUGGAUUGAAGAGGGAUUCAUAGAUGAUAUGGGUACAAGACAAGAAAUGAAAGACAAGGGCCUUACUAUUUUGAAGAAGUUAGAAGAUAAUUGCUUGUUGGAAAAUAUUACUAAUGUAUUUGGUCAACCUUGCAUAAAGAUGCAUGAUGCAGUGAGAGACAUGGCACUGUCGAUCACAAGUAUGAAUCCUCGAUAUAUAGUACAAGCAGGCUUGCAAUUAACAGAAGGCAAUGGAGUCCAGAUAUUGAGAAAGUAUGGCUUAUGUAUAACUCCAUAACGGAAUUUCCGCAGAUGUGCUGCCCACAAAAUGUCAACUGCUCACAACCUUGUUAUUGCGGGGGAACCCUGUAAAGGAGAUCCCAUAUUCUUUAUUCAUGAACAUGCCUUGUCUUAGUGUUCUCAAUUUGUCCUUUACAAAGAUCGAGAGUUUACCAAAUUCCAUCUCUGAACUAAAGAACCUCACAACAUUGUUGCUUCGUGGCUGUGAAGAAUUAAGAGAUCUGCCAUGUCUUUCGAUGCUUCAAGAAUUGAAGAAGUUGGAUCUUUCUGGGACUAAAAUUGAGGAAGUCCCUGAAGGCAUGGAUAUGCUGAUAAAGCUAAGAUAUCUUGAUCUUGAAGUGUCCACUCUGAAAGAGAUACCCGCUGGACUUUUACCAAAACUUGUUCACCUUCAGCACUUGAGUUUUGAUGUGCAGAAUAAAAAAUAAGUCUAAAAGUAGAGGAGAUGGAACCAUUGAAGAAGUUGGAGUGCUUAACCGGACGUUUCAAAGACAUCAGUGAAUUCAAUAAGUUCAUCUCCUCAAUGCAACAAAGUAAGAAAAAUCUCAUCAAGUACAAUUUACAGGUGGGCUCAUAUAAUAUCGGUUGGGGAAGGGAUAAAUUAGUAACAAUUGAUUGGGAAGGUGAGUUAAUUAUGCACCCAAUCGAAAUGCAAGAGUUGAAUAUUAUUGAUUGCGACUAUUUGAGAAGCUUAGUGGAUGAUAAAUCUUCCUUCAAAAAUGCGAUUGACUUGAGGGUUUGUAGGAUUUGGUUUUGCAAAGAGAUAGAAUGUGUUGUUUCCUUGUCCUCUUUGCCUCUUCUUCCGCUCAUCCAUUUCAGAGCCUCGAGGUGUUGGAACUUCAAGCUCUGCCAAAGUUGAGUGCCCUUAUUAUGAAAGAUGCAGGAAUUGGUCAGCAACAACAUCACCAUUGGCUCCGUCUGCCACCUUUUCCCAUCUUAAGCAAAUUGAUGUAUACGGAUGCUCGAGUAUGAAGACGUUGCUUCCACAAUGGUUGCUUCAAACCUCCAAAACCUGGAAGAGAUAUCAGUGGAGAGUUGUGAUGAGUUAGUAGAAAUAUUGGGAGCAGAAACAUCAGAAGUUGAAGAAAAAGGAAGUGAUGCAUUAAUCAAAUUCCAUCUUCCCAAAUUGAGAGAAUUGAAACUAUGGAUAUUACCUAAUUUGAAGAGCAUUUGCAGCAAAAGUGGAGUAAUGGUUUGCGAUUCUCUCCAAUUUAUCUUAGUUCGUGGUAGCUGUAAUAAACUGAAGAGAAUUCCUCCAUUUGUUCCCCUUGUUGGCAAUGGGCAGCCAUAUGCAUAUGCUCCACCUUCUCUUAACAUCUUCUCAAGCACAGAAUGGUGGGAAUCGUUGGAGUGGGAUGACCAUCCAAACUUUGAAAAUGUUCUACAACCCCUUUGGAAGUUUAAGGUAAAUGUUCGGGAGGAAGAGUGCAUAAAAAGAAGAGCAUUGAGAAUGAGGCAACAGUAAAUAAGAAAUCAAACUGUCUCCACUUUUUAAACACUUUUCCUCAAAUACCAUUCCUUCUAUGUUCUGUGAUUCUUCUCUAAAAUAUAUAUUUAAAAUAUAUAUGUACUUCCCAAAAUAACCUUCUAUAUAUUCAUAUUUAUAAUUAUAACAUUUAAGUUAUAAA